UGCGUUAUUUGGUUAAUAGCCCCACCGGGUCAUUGGAUAUCCAUAGUUUUCGAUGCCUUCAGUCUCGAACCCGAGGACAACUGCGCAGCCGAUUAUCUGCAGAUCAGAGAGGGGGCCGAUUGCUGAUUCCAGGAUAUUAGGAACGUUUUGCGACUCAGAAAACGAACCCAAAAACUUGACAUCCACCAGAAAUGAAGUGCAAAUCAUUUUCCAUUCGGAUGACGCUUUUCAAUUUUCCGGAUUCAAGCUUAGAUAUUGGUUUAAAACCAACUAUACAGAAUCAAAGAGCAACCAGCCAAUUAAAGUAGAGCGAAAUGAAGCAAUUACGUUCGAUGUGGCUCCGCAGAACGCUACACUAGCAGUUGGAGCGUCUCAUAUGUUAAACUGCAGGACUAAUCGAGCCGAUGUUAAAAUUGGAUGGUUAAAAGGCGAUCAGUUGCUGUCUGGUACAACGCCCCUCUCUGGACUCAAGCUACUGACCAAUAAUUCUCUGUGGAUACAAAGCAUGGACCACCACCUGUCCGGCGUCUACACGUGUGUGGGGGUGUCGCAACGAGAGACGUCCAAAGCCCGCGCUUACGUCGUCAUCGAGAAUGACCUGAAUAGCAUGAACUUAGAUUGCGGCAUCGUGUUCCGCAAGAUCCCAAGACACGUGACCUACGUCGAGGGAGAGUUCGCACAGUUGGAAUGUCUGGCUUCUGGCGAGUACGUUCGCACCUCCUGGGAAAAGGACGGUCAGCCCCUGCGCUCGAAACCUAACGUGUUGCUUCUCAGAAAUGGAGUCUUGUAUGUGGACAGGAUAGCGAUGGAAGAUGCUGGGGUGUACACAUGUCGAGCCUACGACCAAGUCACGCAAUGCCAGAAGAGAGUGUCCGCACUAGUGCAGGUCACUAAGAGGGCUGAUAUCGACAAAAUAUGUGGAAAACCGAGAGUGGGCCAGCCUUCCACCGAUGUCCCGCAAGUUGAUCACGGGAAAAUUAUUGGUGGCUCGAACGCAAAGAAAGGGGCAUAUCCAUGGCAGGUGAUGCUCUGGGAGCCAAGUUUGAAAUCAUUCUGCGGGGGCACUUUACUCAACGAACGCUGGAUCAUCACUGCCGCCCACUGCUUCGUCAACUACAACAACCUCCGGUGGGACCGCAUCGUGAUCAAGCUCGGCAAGCACGACAGGGAGCUGAAGGAAGACCACGAGCUGGUGACAGGCAUAGCCGACCCCUCCUCCAUCGUGGUGCACCCCAACUACAAGAAGAGGACCUUCGACAACGACCUGGCGCUGAUACGUCUCAAGGACUACGUCACCUUCACCAACUACAUACUCCCAGUGUGCCUAGGCGACCGGGACACGGAGGAGAGUCUGAUGAAGAUAAGGAAUGUGGUGAUGGGGACUGUGACCGGGUGGGGGAAGUUGAAGGAGAGUGGACCUUCACCGAGGUAUCUUCAAGAAAUCAAGCUGCCUGUAGUAGACAGAAGUAUCUGCGUCGCCUCCACCAACUACACGGUGAGCCGUAACAUGUUUUGUGCUGGAUAUGCCCAAGAAAUCAUUGGCGACGCUUGUCACGGCGAUAGCGGUGGACCCUACGUGAUGUCUCACCAAGAUAGGUGGUAUCUCGUGGGCAUCGUCAGCUGGGGAGAGGGCUGUGGACACAUCGGAAAGUAUGGCUUCUACACGAAGGUUGCAGAAUACUUACCCUGGAUUAAAGGCAUAAUCAAGUCUUCAGCCAAAAUGGCGCCGUCACCUGUAAAGUCGUGCAUCUUCGUUAUUUCAGUACUUUUUGCGGCUGGAACGCUUUGCGUGGUCUUCUGGAAAACGACGGGUUAUGUUCGGAACGAAGAUGAAAAUUUCUCAUCGAACCUCCAUAAAAGACGAGUCAGAGAUGCUGGCGGUGGCUGCCACUGGAAUCUCACCGUGAGUGAAGAUGGGGACACCCUGACGAGUCCCGGAUACCCUGACGGCUACCCGUCUAAUGCGGAUUGCAGCUGGCUUCUGACGUCGGCCGACCCGGACGACGCUAUCUUCCUGAGGAUAGAGACGUUGCUGCUGGAGCCAGUGCCCGGAUGUCAACUGGACUACUUGCAGGUGCACCUGGGGCCCGACAUCCAAAGCCCUUCCCUGGGUCCCUUCUGCGGACACCUCAACGAUCGCCUGCUGCAGACGAACACAUCGCGGGUGCUGCUGUUGUUCCGGUCCGACCGCGCCUACGAGGAGAAAGGGUUCUCCAUCGACUACUUUACUCGACCUGUCGGAGUAUGCCGAAAAGAAAUGAACCAAACGUUUGGUACCAUAAGAAGUCCGGGAUUUCCCAACAAUUACCCGGACAGGACAGAUUGCUGGACCGUCAUCACCGUCAGUCCAGAGAAAAAAAUUAACCUUUUCUUCGAUUUUCUCGAUUUGGAGUUUGGAGAGAACUGCACUUUUGACUACGUCCAAGUCUUUGACGGACGGACACAGAAUUCAUCUCUCCUGGGACAGUCGUGCCGGGGACCCGUCAGCUUCAGGUCGUCCUCCAAUUCCGUCCUUCUCCACUUUCACUCAGACGAGUCCGUCAACAAGAAGGGAUACCGAGCCCGAUACUCAGCUGUAGACAGGGACAGCUUCCCCAUCGGAGAUUGUUUGAGGGAAAGCGAAAAUGGACACGGUACUGUAGCCAGUCCCAACUUCCCCGCCAAUUAUCCUAGCUCGAGCAACUGCAGCAUCUAUUUGGUGGCACCAGCCGGACAAAGGAUCGCCAUCAACAUCGAAUCUAUUCAGCUGGAAAUCGCGCCUAAUUGUAUCUAUGACUACCUGCGACUGACAGAGAUUGUUUCCUUUUCAGAUGAGCAACGAAUGGGGACUUUUUGUGGAAGACUACUAGAAACGAAGAAUUUAACUUCGAACUCCAACAAAGUACAAAUUGUAUUUCACUCCGACGAUUUUGGGGAAUUCUCUGGAUUCAAGCUCCGCUAUACAUUUCUUGAAAGAGUCACUGCAAUUGCGAAGAAAAUUGAAACGAUUCCUAAUGCAGCUGAAGGAUCAGUGUUCUCGUCCGUUCCGCAGAAUGCAACUUUGUCUUUAUAUUCCUCUCAUAUUAUUCAGUGUGGCACUGAGCAUCCAAAUGCGAAGAUCAGAUGGUUAAAAGAUGGAGAGUUCUUGGCAGGAGAGUCCCCACUGCCUGGUCUGCAACUCUUGUCGAACCACUCUCUCUGGAUCCGGAACAUGAACCACUUUCUGUCCGGAGUGUACACCUGCGCCGUAGUAACACCUGACGGCACGGAUCUGGAAAGAGCACAUAUCACCGUCCAAGAUGCGGCAGACACCUCGUCCUGUAACAUAGUUUUUCGGAAGAGGCCUGCAGACAGUUCCUUCUACGAAGGGAAAUUCGCCUACCUCGAAUGCAUGCCAUCCGGUGCCACAAUUUCAGUGAGCUGGGAAAAGGACGGGAAGCCACUGGAGAAGAACAAGCAUGUCGCCAUUUUGAACGGGAACAUCUUCAUCCAAAAGGGAAAUCUCGAGGACUCGGGGCUCUACUCGUGCGUCGCCCACGACGAAGUCUUGAGCUGCGACGCGAGAGCGUCGGCUCAACUCUCGAUCAUCCGAAAAGUAGAAAUAGAAGAAGUAUGUGGACUGCCCAAAGUCGGAAGACCUACAGAAGACGUUCCUCAAAUGAAUCGUGGGAAGAUAAUCGGAGGACACAACACGAAGAAAGGAGCCUACCCGUGGCAGGUGAUGUUAUGGGAGCCCGGCCUGAAGUCUUUCUGCGGAGGCACUUUGCUGAACGAGCGCUGGAUAGCGACGGCCGCUCACUGCUUCAUCAAUUACAAGAAUCUCCGGUGGGACAAGAUCGUCAUCAAACUCGGCAAGUGGGACAGGGAGCACGCAGAAGUCCAAGAAUUCCGGACCGGCAUAGCGGAUAGUGCUUCCAUUGUGGUCCACCCGGCCUACAGCAAGGUCACCUUCGACAACGACCUCGCUCUGGUUCGCUUGAACGACCACGUGCAGUUCACAGACUACAUCCUUCCCAUUUGCCUCGGUGACCGAGAUUUGGGGGAGUCGUUGUUGGCGGGGGACAAUGCAUCCAUCCGUAUGGGCACUGUGACUGGUUGGGGCAAGUUGAAGGAGCACGGACCCUCGCCUAUUUAUCUCCAAGAAAUUCGACUGCCCGUCAUCGAUCAAGACGUGUGCUAUGCAUCAACCAAUUAUACGGUGAGUCGCAACAUGUUCUGUGCAGGCUACUCUCAAGAAAUUCUAGGCGAUGCAUGCCAUGGCGACAGUGGGGGACCUUUUCUCAUGAGUCGAGACAACAGGUGGUAUCUGCUUGGAAUAGUGAGCUGGGGUGAAGGCUGCGGCCUAGCCAACAAGUAUGGUUUCUAUACCAAAGUCCCCAACUAUCUGCCCUGGAUAAAAGGCAUCAUGAACUCAUAACCUGUGUGUUCUAGAACCAAAAUAUUUUGAUCGUUAUUUGUUCUUUGUGAAAAGGGCUAUUUGUGUAAUAACCAAUAUCAAGGACUGUAAAUAUUAUUCAUUAAAUGAGAUAUACAUAAAUUUCAUUAAAUAACUUUUUCAUCCUUUUAUGGACCAUGAUUACUAUCUACAGGAAUCAAAUAGCCAAUGGUGAGCGAUAAUGAAUGCUACAAAAUAUUUGAGAGGCAUGAAAUAAAAAGGAAUAAAUAAAUGAUUUUAGGGAAAGGGGGAAUUAACUAUGAACCCUUCAUGUCACCCUAUUACAUAUCUGCAACAAAUACAAAAAGCCUGUGUCUUUUACCCAGAGAAUUUCGAAGCAUGAUUUUGGUGAUUGUUUAUUUUUCAACAUUUCAUUUAGCACAUAUUGCUCAACUUCUCUCUAAUAGAUGGAAAUACUGCGAUGAUUUCAAGAACUGAAGUUCUGUCAAUGGCUACAUGUGUUUAUUGCAGCCAUCGUUAUAUUUUGUAAACAGUAGAGAUAUCCUGAAACAGUUUUUUCAUAAAUGUAAGAGUAAGAUCAAAUUGUUUGCAUCAAAAUAAUUUUGUUGCAGAAAAUUUAGAAUAUCUACGAGUAAAAUUUGUAGUUUUAUGUUUUGUAGCAUUAAUGCAGCAACUGGAAGUUUCUUCCAUGAUAUGAAGCUCUGAAAAUAUUCAUCUGAGGAGCAGCAGAUGGCUAGUUCAUUUGUUGUACCAUCCCUUAGAUGCGUGAGUGCUUGGGUAUUAUACAAACAUGUACAUGUAUAAACAGAAAAAAAAUCUAAAAAGUAGUUGACGACUGAUGAUUUGGCCUUGAAAUUGCAGAAACGCUUCACAAAAUGAACACCAUGUGCAAGGGUAAUAGAAAGGAAAGAGUCAAGUUGAGGAAGAAAAGAAAGAAAAAAAAGAUAAAGGACCUAUGCAGCAUUUGCCACCGAAACCAGUAUUCCAAUAUAGUAUUAGGCCUAACUGAAAGGACAAAAGACUCCAAAGUAGAACUCCCAACCAGAUGAGCGACCGCAACAAUGGUGUGGAGGGCGGUAACUUACUACAAAAUACAUUAGCUUUGCCAUCAAUCUUUGAGUUGAACCGCACCAUUGUUGCGGUCGCUCAUCUGGUUUCCUAAUUCUGCAUUAGCUACCAGUUUGUUUGGCUCUCUUGGCCCCCUUAAAGAGAUUUUUCCCCUCCAGCUCAUGUGAUUCCUAUUCCGGGCUGAUGAGUGCUAAAAAGCACGAAACUGCAGUCCUCGGAUGGAAUAACUGAGCUGGCGGUAUAUUUUAAGUAAGUUACAUUGGUACAAAAACCGCUGCCGAAUGUAAGAAGAAAGAAAGUAGUUCACGUCAGUAUAAUAAGAUACAGUCUUCCUAAGAACAUCUUUUGUGUAAUAAAAUAAAAAACAAUUAGGUCUCUGCUGUUAAACGCUUUAAUAUAUUGCAGGAUGCAAAAACAUAUUCCAUCAGCUUUCGUGUGUAUAGACAUGUAAAAAAAUGUUAAACUUCGGUUUUUGCUUCAGAAUGUUCUAGAACAGAUUUCGGCAUAAAUUUUUUUGAAAAAUUCCAUUUCUAAAAUUUUUGGACUCAUCGCAAUACUGUCAUUUUUCUUCAAAAACUGGCUAACACCCAAAACUCAACCUGUAGCGAGG